AUGUCUAUCGAUCCAUGGCAUGAUGUCAAAAACGAAGUACAAAAUUCACUCGAGGCAGCCACAAAUUUGAGAGCUUCGUUUCUACGAAUACAAAGUACAGCUUCCGUCAAUAGUGAGGAAUUAAAUUGGGCUCGAAAUGAGCUCAAAGGCACGCUCGCUGCUCUUGAUGCAGAUCUGGAGGACCUCGAAGAAAGCGUGCGAAUCGUCGAAGAGGCCGGCGGGCGGUUAUUCGGCGUUGAGGAAACCGAGGUUAUGGCCCGCCGAAAAUAUGUAGUCUAUGUGCGCAAUCAAAUAGAGACUAUGAGACAGGAAGUUAACACUUCAGUGCCACCUAAAUCACCCUCGACUGCUCAAAUGAGGCGCUCUCCCUUGGCCGAUACGGGUCCGCGUGAAGACGAACAGGCAGAGUGGUCAAGAUUGGAACAACAGCUCGAAGUUCAACGGCAAGAAUCAACCCUCGAUACAAUCUCUGGGACCCUUCAUACACUGGCCACGCAAGCAAAUCUCAUCGGACAAGAGGUUGGAGAACAUAAUGAGUUGCUAAGCGAACUUGAAGCAAACGUUGAUCGUUCCGGUUCAAAACUGGAUUCUGCCAUGAAACGAAUGAAACAUUUUAUUAGAGAAACAGAAGAGACCAAGUCAGGCACCUGGACACCUAUGACUGGAAUCGAGUCUUAUCUCUGGAUGCUGCCCAUUUUUGGGCAACCCGGUCUUGAUUAUAUCACUGGCCUCUGGGCCAUUGUUCUGGCAGAAUACACAGGGGAAUGGCUCAUGGGUACCAAAUCUAGCCAACUGUUGGCCAGUAAUGCUUCCCCAAAUAUUAAUUUUUUAGCAUCCAUUAAUCAAGAGGCAGAAGAACAGACUGACAACGAGAAUCCCACUUGGCAUUUCAAUCCUACUCAUUUUGUUCUAGGCCUCUUACUACUGGGGACAGUUCCGUCUUCAUUCAUGCCCGCCCUUCCUACGCCAAUAUCCCCGAAUGAAACCACUGAGCUAUCGGUUUCAUGUGUCUAUCCGCCUGUUAAAACCCCGGGGACAUACCCAUCCUUGAAGGAUUACCUUAUUGAAACACGCACUCAAGCCACGCGAGCGGCAAAAAUUGUCUUAUGGCCUGAGGGAGCAGUUCGAUUCAGCUCAGAUGAACAGAAGAAAAUCGCAUUCGGAAACGUUUCGGAUAUUGCUAAUCAGCACAAGGUUUGGGUUGGAGUUGGCUACGAACAGACGUUCCAAGACCAGGAUAUAUAUAAUGGGGUGCAGAGAGUUCGAGGUCACAACGGUCUGGCUAUAUUCGGACCUGGCGUGCAGCCAGUGGUAUAUAUCAAACAAAAGCUUGUACCCCUCGUUGAAUCGUUUAGCUACGAAAAGUCGAUUGUCCCGCCUCCUCGCUACCCACUGCAGCUGGCAGCACCCAAAAAACACCCCCAAGGCGAGAUCUGGCCGAGGACCAUACCCUUGUCUGCGGCUAUCUGCCUCGAUGUAUCAGCUCCAUUGGCGGCCUCUGUUCCAGUCAAUAAAACCGAACUUGGACGUCCGGCAUUAAUCCUCGCACCAGCGAGGACUUGGCACCCCGAGAUAGGGAAGACCAUGUUUCAGUAUGCAUCAAUGCGAGCCACCGAGCAAGGGGCAUCGAUCUUGUGGUGUGACGGGGGCGAAGGUGGAGUAUCGGUAUAG